GAAAAUGAUAGAAGCCAGUUCUCGUGGCACUUGCACAUCGGAUAUUUAUUAAGUCGGCAGGGGUGGUGUUUUGCCUACCCUAGCAAACUCCAUUUUUAGAUAGAAUUUUAAUUAGUUUUUCCGAUAUUUAUUUUUCAGUCACUAUGGCUUUAUUGUGGUCAGUUGUUGAUUGGUAUAAUGAUUUCAUGGCCUCUGGCGACAGCAGAGUUCAAAACUGGCUGUUUAUGCAAGGUCCUGCUCCAACUCUUUCAAUAUGCCUUUCGUAUGUUCUAUUUGUCAAAUACAUUGGACCCUUUCUUAUGAGGAACAGAGCGCCACUGAAUAUCAGAUGGCUCAUGAUCUUCUAUAACUUUGCCAUGGUCGUCAUCAGCACUUACAUUUUCAUGGAGUUGGGAUUCUUGGGUUGGUUUUCUAAAUACAACUGGAAGUGCCAACCUGUCGAUUACUCGGGAAGUCCAGAUGCCACAAAUAUGGCACAUCUAGCUUGGUGGUAUUAUCUUUCAAAGUUCCUGGAAUUCACAGAUACGAUAUUUUUUGUUCUGAGAAAAAAGUUCAGCCAUAUAUCAACUCUUCAUGUUAUACACCAUGGGAUUAUGCCAAUGAGUGUAUGGUGGGGCGUCAAAUUUACUCCAGGUGGCCACAGCACUUUCUUUGCCUUUGUAAACUGUUUGGUACACAUAGUGAUGUAUUUCUAUUAUGCUCUUGCUGCUAUUGGACCCAGUAUGAACAAAUAUUUAUGGUGGAAGAAAUAUAUGACUGCAUUCCAGAUGGUUCAAUUCAUUGCCAUCUUUGUGCACUCCUUCCAACUGCUGUUCAGAGAGUGCAACUAUCCUAGAGGUUUCAUGUGGUGGAUUGGAUUCCAUGCUGUCCUCUUCUGGUUCCUUUUCGCAGACUUCUACAAGAACACCUACCUCAAGAUCAAACGAGCUAGAAAAGCGUCCCUAAAUGGCUCUGCUUACACCAAUGGUAAAUCAAAAUCAAAUGGAAUAGCCAACGGACAUGCAAAUGGUAACGGAGUUUCUAAACACAAUGGUACGAAUGGAGUGAUCAAAAAUGGAUCAUCCGUACAAAAUGGCCACCACGUGCCUUCUGAACCUUACACAAAUGGCGUCACAUCAAAUGGACAUUCAAAUGGUGUUGUGCACAGGACGACAACAGCAUCAACUGAAAAUGAUUAGCCCUUUAGAGUGAACAAAAAAAAAAACUUUUGAUCGCCAUGGAUAAAUUUUAAGUCUGAAUCCUCGCCAAAAGACUUAGCACGAGAUUGCUCAGUUACAGUGCCUUAAUGUCAUUGUGUUAACUUUUACACUUGAACAUAAUUAUUUAAUCUUCAUUUGUGUAUGUGAAUAUCCCCCCGACUUGAUAAUAUCCUGCGCUGUUUCUGAACAAAGCAAUAAUCGUGGAAUUGGCGACUUUUGCCAAGUGCAAACCCAUAUUUAUUUUGAAAGGGUUCAUGCAAUGAAGUUGCUUGAAGCAACACAAAGCACAAAAUUCCAGUCAAGUGCAAGUAUCUAGUUUUAUGUAAUUUAUUGAAUAUUUAAAUUUUAAAAUUCCAUUGUAACAAAACUACGAUUUUGUUGCACCUAGAGAAACGCCCGCAAGAACGUAAAUUUGUAGAUGUCCACAUCGGUCUUUAGAGGCAGAUUUGAACAACGCGGAACAAGUUUUGCGCUGCUACAUUGCUAUGCAGUUUAGUUGUAAAAUUUUAAUAACAAUAGUUUUUAACCUUUUACUACUUGUGUUCCAAAGAUUUUAGGAGAAUUCCAUUUUUAAUGUAGAAGUGUCGCAAUACUUCUGUUCUCUGGUGUCAAAUUGUAAUGUUUUGGGGGACCAUAAACAUUUAUACAACUUGUACAGUAUUUUGAACUCCAGAGUUUUAAUUUGAUGCCUUUAAAAUUUACAGUUUGUAUUUGCCUUAUUGUGUGAAAAAAUAAAUGUUUAUACUUUGUACUUUCAA